AUGGGUCGCGACCCAGAUUCGCAGUCCCCUCACUCCACCGAGAUGAAGACCGAGGAACAGAUCCAUACAUCUGCCGCGGGCCUUCCCUUGCUCACCAACACAACUGAUCGCAAACUGAUGGCCAAGAUCGAUUGGCACAUUGUUCCAUGCUUGUGUGUCAUGUAUCUGCUGGCGUUCUUAGAUCGUGUAAAUAUCAGUAACGCCGCGGUGCUUGGACUGCAGAAGGACCUCAGCAUUGUCACUGGCACCAAGUACAACACAGCGUUGACUAUCUUCUUUGUGCCGUAUGUGCUGUUCGAUAUUCCAUCCAACCUGCUGCUCAGAAAGUUGAAGCCGCAUGUGUGGUUGUCCCUGUGCAUGUUUGGCUUUGGCUUCGUGAUGAUCUGCCAAGGACUGGUUACGAGCUGGGGCGGACUGGUCACCACGCGCUGGUUUCUAGGCAUGUUCGAAACAGGCAUGUUCCCAGGGUGCUUCUAUCUGCUGGGGACGUGGUACAAGCGUAGUGAAGCCCAGAAGCGUUUCAGUUUCUUCUUCAGCUCCACCACCCUAGCGGGCGCCUUUGGUGGUCUACUAGCUAGUGGUCUUGGAAAAAUGGCUGGCCUGCGAGGCUACAAUGGCUGGCGAUGGGUCUUCAUCAUCGAGGGUGUCCUCACCUGCGUGGUUGCCCUGGCAUGGUACUUUGUCAUUCCCGGGUUCCCGGAAGAUGUCAAAUGGCUCAACGAAGAGGAGCGGAAGUACGUCCAGGCGAGGUUGGCUCAGGACGUGGGAAAAGCCGGACAUGGUGUCCAUAUCGGUUUUCGCGACGUGCUGGCUGUGUUCAAAGACUACAAGAUUUUCAUUGGCGGACUGAUGUACUUCGGCCAGGUCGUUACAGCCUAUGGAUAUGCCUACUUUGCACCGUCUAUCAUCAAGACUUAUGGAUACGGAGCCAUCCAAACGCAGCUGUAUUCGAUCCCACCAUGGGCAGCAGCCUUCGUCUUCUCGAUGAUCGUCGCGACUCUGUCGGAUAGAUUCAAGCAUCGGCUUGCAUUCGCAUUAGUUCCCAUGGCAAUCGCCAUAGCGGGAUUCGGAAUCCUCUUGAAUGUCCAUGGAGUGGCUCACAGAAACGUCCCAUAUAGCGCUCUGUUCAUGGUCACUUGCGGCUGUUACAGUGCAAUGCCCGUGAUCGUGUGCUGGUUUGCCAUGAACCUAGGCGGCCAUCGUAGACGCAGCGUAGGGACAGCAUGGCAGAUUGGGUUUGGAAACACCGGAGGAUUCAUCUCGACCUAUGCAUUCCUGGCGAAAGAUGCGCCUCUCUACCGCGACGGAUACAUCAUCAGCCUGUCCUUCCUGUGCUUCUCCGCUGCCUGCUGCAUAGUUUACUUCAUUGCGAUCUGGACUGAAAACAAGCAGCGGGAACGGAUUCUGGCAAGUGGGCACACCCAGUCGGCACUGCUCGAGGAGGAGGAAGAACUCGAGGGCGAUCUGGCGGUGACGUACCGAUACGCUCCUAUCUACGAAGAUGAGAGCCAAGUGGAGAAAGAAGCGCGUCCGUCGCCUCAAGCGCAAGCGCAGAAAGAUGCGUGCUCGCAGCAAAUAAAUUACUCGCCCCCUCCAUCUCAGCUCUUCAUGUGA